UAUGCGUAUAAAAUAAUUUAUAUCUAAUUACAAGCAGCGCGUUUAAAGUCCUAGCAUGAAUCAAAAUAAAAUGUUUGGAUUAUUGACUUGCUUUUAUACAUGGAAUAUUCUCUUCAGUGUCGCUGGCGGUGCAAACGACGAUAACGGCUAUGACGACUAUAACGGCUACAUGUAUGACGACUAUAGCGGCAAUGACGACCAUAAUAAACAGACGGAACCAUCAAACGGGAUAAAAAACUCAACAAUUACACAAAUCCAAUCAAAGCCUUGUUUGAAUUGUUCAUCGCACCAAGACUGUGUAGAUGGCAAAUGUCUGCCCAAGUGUCCAGACGGCUUUACGGGCAACUCCUGUAAUGUUAGGUGUUUUGAGCGUUGCCUGUCAUGUCGGCGGGACGAUCCAGAUCUUUGUUUAGCUUGUAAGAUAGGAUGGUAUGGCUAUGAAAAAAAAGUCGAAGGGAUAAUUGAAGUAUAUAACUGUAAUUCACAGUGUCCAAACAACUGUGCUAAUAAUACUUGUGAACGAAGACUAGGACACUGUGAUAGUGACCCUGGUUGUAAAUCGUCCUUUCACGGCCUCAAGUGCGAAAAAAAAUGUUCUGAACACUGCAAUGAUGGUGUCUGUGCCAGGAUAACUGAGGAGUGCUUGCAUGGAUGCAACGGUGGCUACAGAGGAAGGAAAUGCCAGUGUCCACCCUCACAUUUGUGCCAGAGAUGCUCCUUAGACUUGAAUAAAUGCGUGAAAUGCAUUAAUGGACUUUGGGGCGAUCGCUGUUUGCAGAGUUGUUCCCCCUUGUGUUUAAACCAGACAUGUUCGACUACAGAUGGGACGUGUGUUUACGGGUGUAGAAACAAGAUGUAUGGACCAAUGUGUUUGAAUGACUGCCCCUCUACUUGUGACGUACAGACUGAUAGACCGACUUGCUAUACUACAGACGGAAGUUGCAUACAGGGUUGCCUUGAUGGGUAUUAUGGCAGACUAUGUGAACAUAAAUGUGUCGGUUGUGUCAACAACACGUGUGCACAGGAAACCGGCGCAUGCGUAGAAGGCUGUAUUUUUGGGUUCCUGUUGGAAAACAAAACAUGCAAAGCCCCACCACCAUCUUCCGUCAAGACUCAACCCAGUCCAAUAGAAGAGAAGAUAGAGAUCCAUGUCGGUGCCGGCACAGGGGGAGCCGCUCUUCUGAUCAUCGUCGUCGUCGUGGUUGUGCUGAAACGCAAAAGAAUUUUCAGACGGAGGAGAACGCCCAAAGACAAAAACGAAACUGCUGUCACCAAUGUGACGUAUACCGACCAUGCUGAUGAUGAAAAUCUCUAUGAUCAAAUACCAGAAAAUCCUGAAAUCAACGAAUACAGUUAUAUUGCGAGUAACCAGCUUGGAGACAGGUGUUCAACGAAGUAUUCGUUCAGCUCACCAAUUUAUAACCACGAUGGCACAAACACGGAACGUGAGGCAACAUCUGCUACUGGGUCUUCGGCUGAUUAUUUAACUCCACUGUCCAGAGGGGCAACGUGUACAACUGGGUCUUCGGUUGAUUAUUUAACUCCGCUUUCUAAAGGCGUGGCGGGGAACCAGCGAAAUACAUCAAAUGUACAGUCGGGAAUGGACGAUGAAGUUCAAUCAUACUGCUGAUUUAACAUACGGAUGCUGCUUUUUAUAUGUGAAAUUCUAUAUUUCGGCCGCUCGAACACACGGAUGAGCCAUUUAUAUGGACAUUGAAGUUCAAUAUUUCGGCUGCUGUAACACAUUGAUGAGACAUUGAAGUUUGAUAGUUUAUGGGCGCUGAAGUUCAAUCAAUCGACCGCUGGAAUAUACGGAUGUGCCAUUUAUAAAACGUUGGGCUAGUUUAACAAAUACAUGAGCAAUUUUUAAAAUAUUUCGUCUGGUCUAACAUACAGAUGAGCUUUUUAAAUGUAAAAUGUCUAAUAGUUCGGUUGGUUUAAUAUACGAAUGGGUCACUUAAACAAUGCCACAGAAAAUAUAUUUCUGUGUUGGUUUUUGCCAUAUACACAAAGUAACAGUGGUCUAGUGGUUUAAGUUUCCGUCAUAACCCAUGUGAUGUGGACUAAGUGUCCAAAUUCGAGCUAAAAACUAGUAUGAACAAGAAAGUAAAGUAUACUUGUAGUAAAGAUCUGUCUAGUAAGACGACCGACCCGGAGAAGCAAGUGUUGAUAAAAAUCUGAUAGAGGUCUUCAAAAAUUAAAGCAUUGUUUUUGACUCAUUUUAAACUUGUAAUGUAUCCUUUUUUGUCUCAAUUUUCUCCAAAGAUGUGUUACAUUUAUUCCGCAUUAACGUCAUAUCUCGUCUAUUCGCAUUCAAUCUGUAUACAAAAAACACAUGUUAUUUCUAGUUAACUGACAUCAUGAUCAUUGGAGCACAACUGCAAUUUUGGAAGAAAAAUGCAUCAUUAAAUUUAACAAUUCCAACUCAUAAGAAUGUCCCAUGAUUAUAACGAAUUAUAAUGAAGUUAAAAAUGAUUUGUUUUCAGAGUGUAGUAUUUUGUUUAUGGGAUUGCUACUUGAAAAGUUCAUGUUUACAGGAAAUAAAAAUAUAUAAAUCUUUGAGAGUAUUAAGGUAGUAUCAAUUACUGUGCAGAUUGCAAUUAAUGAUAAUAUUCAUACACAUUUUUAUCGAUUUCAAUGAUAUCGAUUUAGUUCAGUCUUUGUAUAUGUUCUUUCCCACGUUUGAAUAUAUGUAAUGAAUAAAGUGGGAAAUAAUUGAAUUGGUCCUUACAAACAUGUUAUGAUAGUGAACAUGUUAAAAUUGACCAUUUUUAUGUUUGCUUUUUUACAAUAAUGAUACAGUCGAAAGGGGGUUCGACCGUAUGCCCUGAUAUAGGUCCUUGGGUUUGAUAAAUAAUCCCGGGCCCAAAUUUCUCAAAAUUUCUUAAGCGUAACCCACUUAAGUAUCUUAUCCAAUGUAGAAAAUACUUACUUAAAUAUAAGUUUAUUCAACAAAACAUUUUUUAUCUUAUUUAUCUCAAAUUUUAUUUCCAUUAAAAGUUUCAACACUCUUUAAAAUGAGAUUGUUACACAACUUAUAUAAAAUCAAAAAUAGUGUGCUAAGCUUGAUCCCGUUAUAAGGGGCUUAAGACGUUUAAGAAAUUGGGCCCUGGUCUUAAAAACGCCUACCUACCCUAUUUGUGGAGAUGUAAGUGUGCAAAAUGAAUCAUUUUUCUGGCCUAAAGGGACCCUCUCACGUAUAAAAGGUUCUGAUAUUGUACAUUUUAAGUGUACGUGUUGCAUUUUUUAUCUCGUUUCAACGACUAAGUAUCUCGUUUUAACGACUUCCGUAUCUCGUGAACUCGUGUUAACGACUUACGUAUCUCAUGAAAUAGACUUAGUUUUAACGUCCAACGUAUCUCGUGAAAAAGACUUAGUAUCUCGUUUUAACGACUUACGUAUCUCAUGAGAAAAACUUAGUAUCUCGUUUUAAACGACUUACGUAUCUCGUGAAAAAGACUUAAUAUCUCGUUUUAACGACUUACGUUUCUCGUGAAAAAGACUUAGUGUCUUGUUUUAACGACUUACGUAUCUCGUGAAAAAGACUUAUUACCUCGUUUUAACGACUUACGUUUCUCGUGAAAAAAAACUUAGUAUCUCGUUUUAACGAUUCACGUAUAUUUCUCGUCAAUAUGGAAAAUGUAUGAUAUUCUUUUUAACUUCUAGUGUAUUUUUAUGAAAAGUACUUCUUUUCUGGAAUGUUUUAAUUUAAAUACAAAUUGUCCUUUUUAUAACGUUUUAUUCUUUAUUUUGCAUGAAAAAACAACAGAUAUGAAACAUCUUGAUAAAUAACAAAACAUUGUACAAUAUUAAAGCAAUUUUAACAGAAAACACAAUAGCUUAUUAUAAAUAAUAAAAUAUCUGCACCAAUAAUUAUAGAGAUCCGGGGAACACAUCAAGGCAAAUGUCAUUGUCUCACUUUUUUUUUCUUUCGAAGCGAAUCAUUUUAAGCUCUGCUUUCCUUUUAAUCCGUUUCAAUAUAUCAUGUAUAUAAUUGUAUAUUUAUAAUAAUGAAAUCUGAUGAAGUUUUUUUCUUUGUGUUGUUGUUGUUGAAGUUUUUUUUCUUUGUGUUAUUGUUGUUGUUGUUGUUGAUGUUGUUGUUGCGUUUUGUACUAUAUUCAAUAGUAUUAUUGUUAGAAAUGUAUAUUUCAUAUAAACAACCACUUUCAGAACAUUACAUGUGAAUCUUGAACGUUCUUAAUGCAUUCUUUUCAGGUAAAAUGUUUGAAUCCAGUUCCAAAACAUUUUUAGUAUUUUGCAAUGUCAAUGACGUUUCUUCAAUUUUUACUUUUAACUUCGGGAAUAAACUUUUAAUCGUAACCUUUUCUUGCUUUACGUGACAAAAAUGUUCCAAAUUAUCCUCAGUUCGUGUUAACCCACAAUGCACGGGUCUUCUAUGAAGCACUAGACUGGUGUACGAAUAUUUCAUGUCAUCAUCCACAAUAUUCCUAAACCCGACCACUGACGUAUGACACGGAAGCGUAACAUCUUUC